AUGGUCCCUCAUCCACGCGGACUGGAUGCUCUUCCCCUCGCCAUCUUCAACGCGCACGCGCACGACUGGACAAUGCAAUACGUGACACACUUCAGCGCCGACAUCUUCUCUCUCCUCAACAGCGCCAUCUACUUCCACAAAGCGGCCGUGGCCCUGCAGCGUACGCACGGCACCGUAUCUCUCGCCGCAUUCAUACACGGCCGUGGGAACCUGCCUGGUCGCCGUGCUGCUGUCAACCGCAAACUCGUGGAGCCUGUUCCACAAUGGGUGUUCCUGUCAGCCAUUCCCGGCGCCAUCAUUACCGUGCUCUUCUACUUUGACGACGAGAUCAGCAGCAUAAUAUGCACCGUUGAGAGGUACGGCGUGCGCAAGCCAGGCGGAUACGCGUGGGACAUUACCCUGCUUGGGCUCACGACUGUUCUCUGCGGCGUUUUGGGCAUUCCGCCCGCAAAUGGGCUAUUGCCGCAGGUCCCAUUGCACACGGAAUCGUUGCUACACCACAUUGAUGAGGGGUUAGCUGAGGAAGACGCCGAUGGAACAUGUGCCGAGGCUGUGCGACCGGUGGCUAGGACGCAUGAGCAACGGUACUCACAUUUCAUCCAGGCCGCCAUCAUUCUGGUGUUUGUCUCGCCUCCGCUCCAGAAACUGCUGGGUUCAACGCAGACUUCUGUCCUGGCAGGGGUUUUCAUGUUCAUGGGCUAUCAGUCGCUUACCGUGAAUCCCAUCCUCGACAGAAUCUGCCAACUACUCACUCCUAAAUCUGAACUGCCGAGUUUACCAGACGGCGUGACUUGGUCGGGGACCCACAGCUUCACCGGUACACAGCUUAUCUUGACUGGCAUCGUGUUCGGCGUAACGCUUAUUACCGUGGCCGUGCCUGCAUUCCCCCUCGUAAUCAUUGCCUUGGUACCACUGCGAUUGACCGUGAUGAAGCGUGCUUGGUAG